UUCGCCAACUCUUCCUAGACCUUCGCCAUCGCCAUCGCCAUCGCCAUCGCCAUCGCCAUGUCGGAGACCGCUCCCGCCGCGCCCGCCGCCGCGCCCCCCGCGGAGAAGACCCCCGUGAAGAAGAAGGCGGCCAAGAAGCCCUCCGGGGUGCGCCGCAAGGCGUCCGGGCCGCCCGUGUCCGAGCUCAUCACCAAGGCGGUCGCCGCCUCCAAGGAGCGCAGCGGCGUGUCGCUGGCCGCGCUCAGGAAGGCGCUGGCGGCCGCGGGCUACCACGUGCGGCAUUUAUUUUUCCUGUAACUGCAAAGACGCCGCGUCCAGGGGCCCCCAACUCCCCCGACUCCCAGGCAAGUCCAGGACCAUCGGAGACCACUUUCUGUUUUUCUCCUGCAAGUCCACGGCGUGUAGAAUUAUUUCACACCGUCACUCCCUUUCUUUAGUUAUUGGCCACUGGAAUAUGCACUUACGUGUUUG